GAUGCAUAGGCUCACAAAAUACCUCGAGCCAAACCCGAAUCUGAGGUCUUUCAGGAGAUCUUACUCUGAUCAAACGGUACGACUUCAGCUUGUCUUACAUUGUUUCCUAAGCAUUGACAAACGCUCAGCUCAGGUCAUAAUCAGCCGUUCAUCUGCUGCCAUUUGACAAUUUCGAUAUGAUCCUCACAGACUUUCUCUCGCCUUUCAACGAUCAAACGAAACGAAAACUGACCAACGAGUUCAUCCCACAUCGUACUUAACCCUACGCUCUGAACUUACAAACGUGGUCAUGAGUUCGCAUUCGUCGUCAACCCAUAAAGGAUUCCCGUUAACUCUCGGCGCUGGACUUCGUCAUUAAUCUCUCGUCAGCUUGAAUUUGAGGGGGGUCGGUGAAGAGUCGAGGCCUAGUAACUCAUCACAUCCCACCAUCAUGGCGCCUUCAGCACCACCAUCACCAGCAGUGAGCAGAGAGUUAGAUGCAGUGUCCAACGCAUCUCGGUCGCCGUCACGGCCCUCGCCAUCGAAGUUAUUACGUCUGUAUCAAUUAAGUGCUGAGAGAGCAUCGUCUCUGUCGCCACGACGGACCAUGUCACCCGCCAAAGGACAAACUCGACCUCGACUAAACCAAUACUACACGAUCGAUCAUGCAGUGUCAUUACUUCAAUCCAAGAAGAAUAUUGUGGUCCUCACGGGGGCAGGAAUCUCGACAUCAUUAGGUGUUCCGGACUUUCGUUCCAGUCAAGGGGUUUACAGCUUACUGGACGGGUGCAAGUACAAUGACCCUCAGGAACUUUUUCACAUUGACAACUUCAAGGAGGAACCGCAGGAGUUUUUCCGACAGGCAGCCAAGGUGUUUCCUAGCAUGCAAGGCCUGGUUCCUAGAAGCGACACGGCCAGCGAGGACGGGCAGUCAUUUGACUUCAAAUCUGUCCCUAGAUACGGACCGACUCACGCGUUCAUCUCGAUGCUUGAAGCAAAGGGCAAGCUCUUGACAAACUACACGCAAAACAUCGAUGGUCUGGAAACUGCGGCCGGGGUGUCUUCAUCUAAAUUGAUCCAAUGUCAUGGGACGCUCUCAACUGCCUCCUGUAUGAGCUGCGGCAAGCAGGUCACUGCACGCAAAUACAUGCCCAUCGUUUGCGCGGGCAAUAUCCCGUUCUGCAAAUGCUCACAAGAGCCCGACCCGAUCAAACGAAAUCCUACGUCGAAGAAAUCCCGAAGAGGUCGCACAGGACAGAAAAAGCGGAAAUACGACGAUCUCGACACGUCCGAUGAGGAUGACUACAAUUCAGGGCCAGGAUUCCCCAAGGGAUUGUUGAAACCGGACAUGACCUUCUUCGGAGAACAUGUUGCCGAGUCUUACGCGACAAGACUCGACAUCGACACGAUGAAGGUGGACUUGCUCGUUAUCAUCGGCACGUCUUUGAAAGUGGCUCCAGUCAAUCAAAUGUUAUUGAAAAUUCCGUCGUCAGUACCACAGAUCUGGAUCAGCAAGGAACGGUGUACACGCGAAGGGGUCAAAGUGGACAUUGAGCUACUCGGCGAAUGCGAUUUGAUUGUCCAAGAACUCUGUCGACGAGCGGGAUGGACAGCGGAGUUGAAGGAACGGCAGUGGACGGCGGAAAAGGCGCAAGCGAAACCGAAAUCGAAACCGUCUAAUAAAGCGACCACUAGCAGUGUGGUUUCGACUCAGAAGUCUCGUUCUCGCUCCGAGGAUCGCAAGGACUCCGUCUCCGUCUCCUCGAUAUCAAGACCCGCAUCUCCCAUGAAAGCAGCUAUGUCCGAACAGAAUCUCCAGAUUCGACCGAAGGAGGAACCAGACGCACCAGCCGUGAACCUGACCGUUACCCCAGCUCUAGACUCUGCUCCGACCAUCAAGCUCAACGACGCAGAGCUACCGAAAGACGAACCACCAACAUCCGAGGCAGAUCAACCCUCCCUGCCUCCUCCUGGCACUGGAGGAAGAGACAAAGACAUCAAAGGCGUCCAAAAUCCAGUCAGAGCCGCAGAUGAGCCAUGUCGCGUCAUCAUCGAACUCGAAGAGGGGACUCGAUCGAGAUGGUAUGUCCGGCGAAAGAAAUAAACAAGCAAGUCAAUCAGCUAUAGGAAGUCAAGAUUGUGCGAAGCUCUCAAUCGAUUGGAUUACUCACUCAGUACACGAGUAUUCUGGAGAAGAAUCAUUGGAUUCUCUGUGUUUGAAUAUCAUUCUUACGGCAGGUCUACGGCGAGAAAAAAGGAGUCAAGAAAAAGAAACGGAAGAGAAAUGCAUUGAUGAUGAUUAUUUGUACCAAUACCGACUUGGGUUAUCAACUUGGAACAUUGAACUUUCGGAUGUCAUGGGUCUUGGGUCAUGGGUCAUGCAUACGAACGGAAUGGGGGUGCUAGGGGAGCAGAUUCAUGUUUGGAAGAAUGGACGGGAUUGGAUUGGUGGCAUUGAUCAUGACAACGAGCUGGCUAUGUCCUUAAGCAAGCAGCUGGCAAGCACACUAUCCCAAUGACACAAGAACGAGAGAAGAGACCAGACAGAGAACGCCAUGAUUUGAUUAUGAUUCGAUGUAUCAUGCCUCCUCGAGAGAUAUCACUCCCUCCUGAAGGAUACAAAAUAGAGGGUAUCAUGCUCUCCUCCCAGCAUGAAUCCAUCCCAUAUCUCCUUGCGAGUCUAGAUAACACAAAUCUAAGUAGGUAGUGGUUUCCCAGAAAGGUCGUUCCGUUC